AUGAGGCUGAGAACAUCGAGGUUACUCCAGUUCACGGCUCUUUGCUUUUACGCACAGAGCUCUGUACAGUCUCCUCCUAAUUUCAAGCACCAUGUCACCGAGCAGAGCCGUCUGUCGGACAGGAUGAGCCGCAGACUGACGCGCACGUACCAGCUGUACAGCCGCACGAGCGGGAAGCACGUACAGGUCCUGGCGAACAAGAGGGUCAACGCCAACGGGGAGGACGGAGCGGUGCACGCUAAGCUGGAGGUGGAGACUGACUCCUUUGGAAGUCGCGUUCGCAUUAAAGGAGCAAAGACAGGAUACUACAUAUGUAUGAACAAAAGAGGAAAGCUGAUUGGCAAGAGGAAAGGCAGAGGUAAAGACUGCAUCUUCACUGAGAUCGUCCUUGAGAACAACUACACAGCACUGCAGAACGCCAAGUACGAGGGCUGGUACAUGGCAUUCACUCGUAAAGGUCGUCCACGGAGGGCCUCGAAGACCAAGCAGCAUCAGAGAGAGGCCCACUUCAUGAAGCGCCUUCCCAGGGGCCACAUGCUCAGCGAGAGGCGGCCAUUUGAAGUUCUUCCUCUGGCCGUUCCAGCGCAGCCUUCAAACAAACGGACUAAACAUGCACAUCACCAUCGCUCUGGCAGCGGCUGA